AUGGGAAAUGACUGCCGCAGACCAAACAAAAUUUACUCACCCAAAAAAGUUCAGCUUUUAAUAAGAGAUGAAACCUUUAGCCUUCCAAUAAUACCCCAAUCCUACGACCUCUUAGAGCAAAACGUCGAAAUGGUAGCAAAGUAUAUUUAUUCUAAUCCAGAUCCCCUGGACUACUACCAUCUGUCUUUUAUAAACUCCAAAAAUGGAGCUCAACAACAGCUUACUGACAGCAAAGCUUAUUACUCACUCCCCCCCCUCCAUGAGUGAAAAAAACAUUUUGUUCACUCACUAGGGGGGUUAAUUUUUUAUUUUUUUUAAAAAAUUUAUAUAUAAAUUUUAUAGAAAAUGUUUUUUCGAAAUUUAAAAAAAAAAAUCCUAAUUCGCAAAAAUUGGAAAGCAAAUAUUAAUUUAAUUUAUAAAAUUUAUGUUUUAGAACGCAUUUUGCUUAAAAUUUAAAACAGAAUUAGCUCUAGAUUUCAUUAUACUAAUUAUAACUUAUAUAUCAAAAUUUUUUCCAUAAAAAAAUUUUUAUUAUUAAAAAAAAUUUGUUCACUCACGGAAGGUGGGUAUUUGGGCAAAAAAUGGCGAUUUUUCUCAUGGGUUUUUUUCACUCACAGAGGUGGGGGGGAGUCAGCAUUUCGAAACUGACACGAGAAGAUUUUACAAAUCCGAGUCGAUAAGGAUUCUUAUAAAUGCAUGUUCGCCUUAAAUCCUAGUGAAUCAGGUCUCCCAAUCCUUGAUGAAGCCACAGUAGCUUUAGUUGACCAUUUACAAAAUAUUGAAGGUAAUAUUAUAUCUCUACUUGAAGGAUAUAAUAAUCUGCUGAAAUUUGCAGAGAAGUUUAGUGCUUAUACUAAGUGUCCUUGCAUAAAAGUUGUCAUAACGACACUUAUAUUGAUCGUAUCAAGCUCUCCUAAUGCAAAAACUGCAAUGGUUUUCCUCAGCUCUUUUCCAUAUAUUGACUUCAAUUUAGACCUUCUAGAAAAUGAAGCGUUAGAAGGAGCGAAAUAUUGAAAUGAUUUUUCUUUAUGCUUACAAAGAGCUAUCCCACAAAUGCUGGUAUUGAAAAAGGCGCUGGCUGAUGUACAAGUAGGCUUAAAACAGCACAGCAUGUCAAAUGGCCACACAAUUAAAAAAAGCAACAAUUUUUUAUUGGAAGCUGAAACAUUUUCAAAAGCCCUCACUGCUGGGUUUAAUUUUGUCAGAAAAAUUAAGAACCUUCACAAGAACGUUGCAGAGAUGGUAGAAAACUUACUCCCCCCCCCCUCCGUGAGCGAACAAAAAAAAUUUUGUUCGCUCACGGAGGGGGGUUAAUUUUUUUUUUUUUAAAAAAUUUAUAUAGAGAAAUUUUAUAAAAAAUAUUUUUUUCGAAAUUUAAAAAAAUCCUAAUUUUGCAAAAAUUGGGAAGCAAAUAUUAAUUUUAUUUGCAAAAUUUAUGUUUUAAAACGCAAUUUGUUUAAAAUUAAACAGAAUUAGCUCUAGAUUUCAUUAUACUAAUUAUCACUUAUAUAUCAAAAUUUUUUCCAUUAAAAUUUUUUUUCUAUUAAAAAAAUUUUUGUUCACUCACGGAGGGUGGGUUUUUGGUCAAAAAAUGGCGAUUUUUCUAAUGGUUUUGUUCGCUCACGGAGGGGGGGGGGGAGUUAGCAAAACCGGAGCAGGAGAACACGAUUAGAGGUAUCCAAAAUAUUAUUGGACUUUCAGGCUCUACUGACCCAGCCUCAGCAUUAAGGCUAUUCGCCCUUCGCCCAAGUGUGAAAUUAUCAAAUAUAAAGCAAGCCAUAUAA